AGCUUGUUGCUAAAAAGCUGUCGAGUCACUUUAGAAAUUGGCAAGGGCCCUUACUCGGCAGAGAAUCACUCGGCUAUCGUGCCAGGGCUGCGGGUGACAAGUCUCUCGGCCACCACGGAACAAAUGAGCUGAAAUCAAGGGAUCCAGAGGAAUUUUUUUAAAAAAUCUAAAAGUUGGGAAAUAGGAUAUGGCCCAGAGGACAGGGUGGACCGAACAGGCCAGCUCCUGCCGGGAUGCCUCCUGCCCUAAAGGAUCUUCUCAUAUUUUUAAAGUGGUUCUUUUGGGGAGCAGCUCUGUAGGGAAGACGAGCUUAGCUUACCGCUAUGUGAAAAAAGACUUUCAAGAUUCUCUGCCUACAGUGGGCUGUUCCUUCUUCAAUCAGUGUGUCACUUUAGAUGCCGCCACAAUUAAGUUGGAGAUCUGGGACACUGCUGGCCAAGAGAAGUACCACAGCGUCUGCCAUCUCUAUUACCGAGGAGCCAAUGCAGCACUCCUAGUCUAUGACAUUACCAAGAAGGAAAGUUUGGAGAAAGCAAAGGUGUGGCUGAGCGAACUGGAGAAGGAAUUCCUUCAGGAUGAAAUAAUUAUAAUUUUGGUCGGCAAUAAGCUUGACCUUUCAGAAGAACGGGAGGUCACAGUACAGGAGGCAAAGGAGUUUGCAAAAACGAAAUGCAUAUUACACAUGGAAACCUCAGCAAAGUCUGAUGUCCAAGUGACAGAACUCUUCAUGACGCUAGCUUGUGAGUUGUUAAAACGAAAAGAGGAGCAGCUUCAGGCAACACAUUGGAAGAAAUCGCGGAUUAAUUUGCAAGAAACAACUUCCCACCGAGCUAAAUGCUGCCAGAUAUAAAGCGCCGGUGUCCGAGCAUAGCUGGGGAGUUUACAUUAUUUUAUGACUGAAUAAGUCUAAAAGUGUUGAUGGGAGGGUGUUAGCAAUUCCUUGCAAAUAAUUUGUAAAUAGAUUAUCACUUUUGCAUCUAAUUGCUAUGUAGAUUAUUGGGAGAAUAGCAAUGUGGUGUCAUUUCUUUGAAAUGCCAACCUUGCCCAUUUAAAUAAAGUUAAAGGAAGAAAGCUGGGACUCCUAUACUUGGAGGGUGAAUGAAGUGUACAAAGAGUUAAGGGCCCUUAGGAGCACUGAUAAGAGAACCAGUUGGGGAUUGGCUGCAUGUGGAGAAAAAUGUGUUUGAUUUUAAUGGAUCCACUUCAUGGACUUUUUGAGCACCUUUUUUCAGUUAGGAAGGUGAAAUUGAAGAGGGGUCUUGCAAAACAAAUCAAACCACGAGGUCUAGUAGAGAUAAACGAUCAGCCUCCAUGCCAGAACAUCUUGAAGAAGUCUUAGAUGGUUGAAUGUUCCCAGAAAUACAGUUCACCAAGUGCUGAUCCAACUAUUAUGGGACGCAUGAUUUUCUGUCUCCGUACGUUUCCUGGUGGACAAAGUUCAGAGGAAACUUGUGAGUUGAAAGCACAAUAUAAACUGGCUGCAAAGCAGAUGCCCAUCACGGGUUGACAGACCAACUGUUUUUCACCUGUGGACUUUUGCCUGCCACAAAGUGCGAACCAGCUUCUAUGUGCUUUACUGGUCCCUAUAGGGUUGUGUUACAAUCACAUCUUGAGUCAGCAUUUCCUGUAAGUAGACUCCUCCCACUAUGAUCCAACGAGACAGCAACACGUAAAGGCAGUGCCUUGACAGGAGUUUCACCUCAAGAGGGGUGCCUCUAAAAUCCUCUUUGAAUUUCUCCCAAGAUUUUGUGGUUCCCAAUUACCUAGCUCCAGUCAUAGCUUGCUACUGAUGCAUCACUUCAUCUGCUAUAAUUCUGUGGCUGAUUGCAUUCCAGGAUUUUGUAGAGACUGCUGCAGCUGCACAGUUUACUCUUGCAUCUAUUUUCUGCUCCUGUACCCUAUCCCCACCACAUCUCGCCUGCAAGUUAUGUGCCUGAGCACUUGUGAGCUUUGAAAUGCCCCAGAAUUUCUUUUAAAACGUAUUUGCUUCUCUGUAUAUAUAUCCCCUGUUUAUUUCAAAAAAAUUUGAAAUCUAACAAUAUUGAUUUUGCUAUAUGAAAAAUACAGGGUGACAUUAUAGGUCACUUUGAGUCACUGUGAAUAGUUAGGCAGAAAUUAUUAAUAAAUAAUUUUGGUUUGGUUACCAAGGGUUGCGACGUGUCCAGUUUUCACCCAGACAGUUUGGUAUUUGGGGGACUGUUCAGGGGAAAUGUUCCUCAAAUAUCGGACGCCUGACCUGGCCCCUCCCUCUUCCCCAUUGCUCAGUCUGGUCGCGGGGCCUCCUGCAACUGCGUGGUGCUGCUGCCGGCCUGGGGGAGUGAUGAAUUAUGAGAAAAUCAUAGAAGAAGCUAAUUAAAACCUAACAUAAUACAGUAAAAAUCCUAUAUACAUACAAAUAUGUCAAUUUACAGAAGUGUAAAUAAGUAUUUUUGUCUUUAUAAAAAAAUAAGUAUUUUUGUCUGUACACUUCUUAAAGGGAUGUACUCCCAGGGUGUUCUGUUUGGAUCUAUAAGCAAUAAUGUCCAAGAAAGCAAUGGAAGACUUAGCAUACGUCCAUGAGAAUUUUAUAUUAGUAUUAGAGCCAAACUACAUGAGACGAAUGGCAUGCAGACGACAUGAACGGACUUACAUGUGUCUCCCCAUUGCUUUCCUGUACACUCGCCAGCGCAGCCAGACUGCACUUGAUCCCGUGUCUGUGCUAGCACAGGUUUCUUCUGUGCUCCUCCAAGACACAGGAACGGUAUCCCAUCAUGCACUGCCAGUUUGCGCAUGCUUAAACUCUCCCCUGUAACCGUUCCCUGUUCCCUAUUGCCUUUCUGUGCGGGAAGAGGGAAGCAGAAGCAAAACAGAAUCACCACUCUGCAACGGCGACUCGAUGAUAUUGACUGCAGACACUCGCCAAUGCAACUACAUAUAAACUGCUUUUUUGCCGACAUGUGCACAGAACAGAGCCAUGGAUACGAGUUCACCAGAGGUAAAAGAAACACAGGAAGAUAAGGAAAAAUAAUGAAUCUGGCCAUUCGCAUAGACUCGAGUAAUUCGUCUUGUCUAGUUCGGCUCUUAGUCCCCCAAAACUUUUCCGAUCUGCUCUUUUCGACCUUUGAUUCAUGUGUUGCACUUGUUCUUUACUAGAGGAUCAGUUGUUUGAAUUACUCAUGAGUAUAUCUCAAACUGGGACUCAAACCUAAAUAUUCUUUGUACUGCAUUUAUGAUAACUUAACUAAAUAAUUUUUGUAUUUAUGGUAACUUGACUAAACAAUCUUUGCACUGUAUAAUAGUUCUGAUGUAUUUGUAAGUGUAUAGGAGUUUGACUGUAUUUAGUUAGGUUUCACGUCUCUAACCUCAUUAAUUAGCCCAGGGAAGUGGCUGGCCAGCCCACUGAGGUCAUUGCGAUGACACUGCAAUGACAUCACAUUCGGUAGAUUGUUAAAAAAAAGGUUAGUCUUCCCCCCCCCUCCCUGGGGUCUGGUUUAUUCCAGACCCCAUCUGGCAACCCUGUUGUUACCUGAUAAAUUUCUGCUACAACCAUUACCUGAAGGAAAAACAGACGUAGACCUUGAUUCCAACUUUUAGGCUUUCAGCAUGUCUCCUGUCUCCCUUACUCCAAAGAGAUGUGCCAAAGAAGAGUUGUAGAUGCAAAUAAAAAAGACGUUUACUUGA